GCUGUGUCCGGUUCCGUCGGCGGCGUUCCCCCCGACAGUAUAGUCUGUGCACGCGGGCGCGCGCGCCAUCUCUCGCAUCGUCCAGCGAACCGUUUUCGUUUUGUCGCACAAACAAUAAAAGUACCACCGCGUAAUAAUCAAUUACCUGCCGCGUUCACCCCGUAGAUCGCGAGUGGUUUUCGAUCGACAGCUGUUUACGUUCCGGCGGCGGAAAGUAGUGCGGGUCGUCGCGUACCUUAGCCCCUAGCCCCGACCACCGACCGGUGAGGUUACCACUGUGGUAACCGAAAUCUGCGGUAUCGGGCGACCAACAUGAACGGCGGCGGUGUCCCGCGGUGGUCCGCGACCGAUUCGCCCGGCGGCGACCGUGAAAUCCGGCUGGACGACGGCUGCGGAGGCGGAAGCCGAUACCCUCACGCGUGGCUCAGGAACAACUGCCCUUGUUCGUCUUGCGCGUCCGCCGAGUCCGGUUUCCGGAAACAAGUGAUCCGCGAUUUUCGGUUCAGCUCGGCGCCGGCCCGGCUCCAGAUUGUAAGCAAUGAUAAGCUCUAUGUGAAAUGGGAUGACAGCCACGAGAGUACUUACGACUUACAAUGGCUACUAGAGAGAAAUUUUAAUGAGGGUCAAGAACGCCACGAAAAUCAGCAAGUCAAAUGGACUGCGGAAUCGUUUUCAGCUAUAUUCCGGUCAUUUAAAUAUGAGGACGUAAUCAAAAGUGACGAAACUUUGCUACAGUGGUUGGAAACUUUGACAGUUUAUGGCAUCUCUAUGAUAAAAAGUUGCGGGUUGGAACAAGACCGGGUAAAACAACUUGCCGGGCGUGUUGCUUUUUUGAAGAAGACACAAUACGGGGAGACGUUUAAAGUUGAAGUGAACUCUGAUGCGACCAAUUUGGCAUAUAGAUCAACAUACUUACAACUACACACGGACUUGCCAUACUACGAAUACACACCCGGGGUGAUUUUGCUGCACUGCAUCGUUCAACCCGAAUCCAGUGGCGGUGAAUCCGAAGUGACCGACGGGCUGUCGGUGUGCGAUCGUCUGAAGGAAAUGGACGUGGAUUGCUAUAAGACACUGUCUACGGUGCCGGUGAGGUGGAUUGACCGCGGCCACGACGGUGGCUACAACUUCCAUAACGUUUACGUCUCGCCCGUAAUUUGCGAAGACAGUUAUGGGAAUGUCAAGAGAAUUAAUUUUAGUGAGCAUCACAGAGAUUCGAAAUUUCCUGUGUCAAUAGAUAAAGUACACAUUUGGUAUGAUGCAAUCGAAAAAUUUGUAAAGAUUGCGUACAACGAAAAGAUCAUCAGCACUUUUAAAAUGAAACCGGGAGACAUUUUAACUUUUGACAACCAUCGAGUACUUCACGGAAGAAAAGGAUAUCAAGGCUCUAGAUUAUUGAUUGGUGGUUAUUUGGACUGGGAUUUGAUAAAAUCAAGAACUCGUGUACUCCAAUCUCAACUGUCUAAUACAAAUAUUAACUAAUCAUACACAUAACUUAUGUAUAUAUAAGUAAAAUUUGUAUGUAAUCCAGUAAUGAUGAACCAUUAACUAUACUAAAUAAGUACAGUUAAACAUGAUAUAAAUUGUAUGUAGGUAUAAUAAAUAUAACGUAAAUUA